CAGAACAGAAGCAGAGCUAAACAGAGCAGGCGCAGCGCACGAGCGUCUCAUGAAGUCAAGUUGACCGUCUGUGCGCCAGACCGAAUUGGGGAACAGUACAGUUUCUCAGCUGUGAGAAUAUCGCUGUCUCGUGGGAAGAGAUGAUACUGUCUUCGGGACUGACAUAACGGUUAAAGGGUGACUCAGUGAACAUGGCCCCAAAUUCCAUCCAUUGGUUCCGGAAGGGCCUCCGUCUCCAUGACAACCCUGCACUUCAGGAGGCAGUACGUGGGGCAGACACUGUUCGAUGUGUCUACUUCCUGGAUCCCUGGUUCGCUGGGUCGUCUAACCUUGGGGUCAACAGGUGGAGAUUUCUCCUGCAGUGCCUGGAUGAUCUUGAUUCCAAUCUAAGAAAACUCAAUUCCCGCCUUUUUGUCAUCCGAGGACAACCAGCCAAUGUUUUUCCACGCCUUUUCAAGGAAUGGAAAAUAUCCAGGUUGACCUUUGAGUAUGACUCCGAACCGUUUGGAAAGGAGAGGGAUGCAGCUAUUAAAAAGCUUGCGAUGGAGGCCGGGGUUGAAGUCAUAGUCAAGAUCUCACAUACCCUAUACAACCUUGAUAAGAUCAUUGAACUAAAUGGUGGUCAGCCUCCGCUCACUUACAAACGGUUCCAGACUCUAAUCAGCCGAAUGGACCCACCAGAGAUGCCAGUGGAAACCCUCUCCAAUACUAUUAUGGGCUGCUGCGUCACACCUGUCUCUGAAGACCAUGGGGACAAAUAUGGUGUGCCCUCACUGGAAGAACUAGGAUUUGACAUCGAGGGACUACCUUCUGCUGUCUGGCCAGGAGGUGAAACGGAGGCUUUAACAAGGAUUGAAAGGCAUCUGGAGCGAAAGGCAUGGGUUGCAAAUUUUGAAAGACCCAGAAUGAAUGCCAACUCUUUGCUAGCCAGUCCGACUGGCUUGAGUCCCUACCUCCGUUUCGGCUGCCUCUCCUGCCGCCUCUUCUAUUUCAAACUUACAGACCUCUACAGGAAGGUAAAGAAAAACAGCACUCCUCCACUCUCCCUCUAUGGUCAGCUGCUGUGGAGGGAAUUUUUCUACACUGCCGCCACCACCAACCCACGAUUUGAUAAGAUGGAAGGUAACCCGAUCUGUGUGCGCAUCCCUUGGGACAAAAACCCAGAGGCUUUGGCCAAAUGGGCUGAAGCUAAGACAGGUUUUCCAUGGAUUGAUGCCAUUAUGACCCAGCUGAGGCAGGAGGGCUGGAUCCACCACCUGGCCCGUCAUGCUGUCGCUUGUUUUCUCACUCGUGGAGACCUGUGGAUCAGUUGGGAAGAGGGCAUGAAGGUGUUCGAGGAGCUCCUAUUGGAUGCUGACUGGAGUGUAAAUGCAGGCAGCUGGAUGUGGCUCUCCUGUAGCUCUUUCUUUCAACAGUUCUUUCAUUGCUACUGUCCAGUGGGUUUCGGCAGGCGCACCGACCCUAACGGCGAUUUCAUUAGACGAUAUUUACCUAUUCUCCGAGGUUUCCCUGCCAAAUACAUCUACGACCCAUGGAACGCCCCAGACUCUGUGCAAGCCGCUGCAAAGUGCAUCAUUGGUGUCCAUUACCCAAAACCAAUGGUGAACCACGCUGAAGCGAGCCGCCUCAACAUCGAGAGGAUGAAGCAGAUCUACCAACAGCUUUCACGCUACAGAGGACUUGGACUUCUGGCCUCCGUACCAUCCACACACAAUGGGAAUGGGAAUGGGAUGGCCUAUUCCCCAAGGGAACAGCAGUCCGGGACCAAUACACCAAACAUCUUAAAAGCACCAGCCGUAUCAGCCGGUUCCAGUGGUAACAGGAGUGGAAGUAUUCUGCUGAACUUUGACAGUGAAGAGCAUCAGGGACCAAGUGGAAUUCAACAACAACAGCAGCAGCAAUUAGGAUACCACCACAUGCCUGACACGGGACACGGCAGUCGGCUUUACAAAUGUAAUGUCUCGCAUGACAUGGCAGGUCCACAACAUUCAGCAGGACACCUGCUGCACUCAGGAGGAAGCGUGACAGGUAAGAGGGAGCGAGAGUCGGAAAGAGAUCUUGACGGCGAUGAUGAUACCCUCUCCACCUCUCACAAGUUACAACGGCAAAUUGCAGAGGUCACGUCAGUUCAUGCUACCAACGGGAACCAGUCGAGUAUGAAAAGUUAGAUGGACAUAUCAUGGUACUGAGCAGAAGCAGAUUCAAAACAAGUGGAAUGACUUUAAAUCUGGUUUCCUUUAAACAACUCAUGUUUGGGGAUUGUUGUAUUUUUAGUUUUUUUUUUUUUCAGCUGUUUUUCCCCCAUCUCUUUUCCUUUUUCUUACAUGUUCAAUUGAUAUAAAUAUUAACUGAGAAUUUAUUUUUAUCGUUGAAUGAAAUUGAGUUGCUUUAAAAAGAAGUUAAUGAUUUCACAUCCAUUGACGGACAAAAACAGCCAUAAAAAGAUUUUUCCUCGGUAAACCCAUUUCAUUCUUUCUCUUUUGCCCAUCUCUGCACAGUUUAGGGUUUUAUUUACUGUCAAGUGAUCCAUACCGAGUAAUAUUUAUCAGCUUUUACCAAGCACGAUAAAGCUAAGCCUCAUUGUACACUCAUCGCAGCUAGGAUUUGUGAGAAUUUUUACAGUUUGUAAACCACAAACUACAACCAUCACACAACACUUUUGUACAUUUUUCUCCAACAUUUUCUCAUUGUACAAUUUCACUGAUUCUCCAUAGAGUGGUGUACAUGCCACUUUUUGUAAACAGAAAAAUUUAUACAGGUAUAUUUUAUAUAUUGGUGUUUCGUUCUUUGCCAGUUCAAUGUAUUAGUGUUUACUCAGAAAAUUCAUAAAUAAAUAAAUAUAAAAUUUACCAGCAGAGCUGACAUUUUAAAAAUAGGGUUUGAAGAUUUCUAGAUUUUAAAAUCAUCUCCAUAAAAUGGUACCGCUUAACUGAUUUUAAAUCCAUGUUUUUAACCUUCAACCCGUUUGUAAAAUUGUUAUCAGGGACAGAGCUGCGGAGGAAUGCGGUUCUUGAAUGUUUUUAAAUGGGCUAGAAUGGCCUGUUAAAUGUAUCUGUAGAUUAGCUGCAGUAUCUUCUUCAUUGUCAUGCUUGGCAGACACACACAGACAGCUGAUCUUCACGGUCAGGCCUUAAACACUGAUAAAAACGCCAACCUAAACUCUGCCAAAGCCAGGAAAUGACACUGGAAAAGAACAUUUUCCUAGCUCAUCAUUGAUCUCUACAGUACAUCCAUGAAAUAAAGCUUUACGGAUCUUUAAGAAGGAAAUGUAUGGAAAUGAAGGCACCCUGUUGUAUUUCUGACCCUUGAGACUUCUUGGCAGAUUAUACAUGCAUUUUCUAUUUAAAAAAAAUCACGGAUAUUUUAAAUAAAUUCAUCUGUUUGUGCAUGUUCAGGUAAACAAGCAAGAGCAUCAUCUGCUAGUGUAAAUCUUUACAUCAGAUUUUUACAUUGUCUGACAUUCCAGAAAUACCCAAAACAUUGACUCAAUCACUUUUUUUUUUUUUUUUGUCAUAAUAGAUCAUUAGGAUUGUGCAAAUAUUUAGUCUCUGUAUUUGACAACACAUGCUUUAUACCAAAUGCCCCUACUGACCAAAUAUUUAAUAGCUGUUGGUAUUACACCAGAUUGCCAAGAAAUAAUAGUAAUAAUAGUCAUAGUAAUAUAAACAUUGUAAAGUACAAAUAUACGCCUCUUUGAUCAAUUAAAUGAAAUUGAAAUUUGGCAAUAUGUGCUGUCUAAAGAAAAAUCUCAUUCUUAAAAAAAAUUGAUAUUGUUUUUUUUUUUUUUUUUAUUCAGUGCUGUGAAUAUCAGCCACAGCAACUGAGACUUCUGAUGAAUCCACUACAAUGUUCACAGUAUCACAAACACAGAUGUUCUAAUCACAAGUAUUGUGCAUAACUAGACCAUGUAUAUAAAGAUAUGGGCCCUUGAGUUCAUGUGUGGUUGUUUAUCAUGGUGAUCUGGCAACCUCUUACUGAACUGGACUAAAGCUGUCGGGUCUGAAUUUGUGUUUGUAUAGCUGGAUCUGCUUUGACACAGUGACAUCUGUAUUGCUUUUGCCGACCAGGAGAAGUGUUCAGUUCUAAUGUGAAUGUUUUGAUAUGACAAUUGUAGAAACCUCAGUGCUUUUUGACUGUAAUAUCUCUGUGCUAUUAUAGUUUGUUUUUGUCACUGCGGAAGAAGUGAACCAUUUCUGUUUUCUCCCCAUUUGAAUUGCUCGUUUGUUUGAAUUUUGUUUUUAUUUCCUUUCUGUGAAAUAAAUGUGACGUCAAGUCUAAA